UCGUGUCUCGUAUGGAGCUAUGUAUUUACGUACUUUGGGAUAAACAGAGCCUUGUGUUGUGGCUUUGCGAGUUCUCAUCGGAAGCAAUGGAAGACGCCGGGAAACCUCUGAAGUCCGGCAACCCGUCGCGUAAGGUGGUUGAUUUGGCUGCCGGAGAAGCACACAAUCUCGUUCUUACUGGGGAUGGCAGUGUCUACAGUUGGGGUAGGGGAAUGUUUGGAAGGAUUGGGAGUGGCUCAGAAACGGAUGAGCUUUUUCCAGUACAACUCAAAUUUGGAAACGCAAAUCCAAAUGGAACACAAGACACUGUCAAGGUCGUGGGAAUUGCUGCUGGCGCUUAUCAUAGUCUCGCUCUUGCAGGUAUUCCGCCAUCUAAUUCUUCAGUCUGUGUUGGCAGAAGAUGGAGCUGUUUGGUCUUGGGGUUACAAUUUCUGUAUCCUUACUUGGAAUCCAUUGGUUCAUCUCAGUUAAUAUAUAUUGCUUGUUUUUACUUUAGCAGUUUGUUGAAUUUAUGUUCUGUACUGGCACCUACACCCUUGACUAAUGUAUGGAUGGUCAACUUGGUACAAAUGGAGAGAAAUCACAUGACAAUGAAUAUGAGGUUGGAGACCAUUGUUUAGUUCCCCGGUUACUGAACAGGUUUGUUGAAUUGCACUCUGUCAAUUCUUCAUCGGGUGUGUCUGAAACAGAAGCCAAAACAUUACUUAAGAUAUGUGCUAUCAAAGCUGGAGGAAUGAUAUCUCUGGCUAUUGAUAACUGUGGGACCCUAUGGGUGUGGGGAAACUGCCCACAACAAAGUAAAGAAGGUGAGUUAGCACUUGUAAGCAGUUUCACUCCAACUCCAGUUCGGGAUUUUCUGGGUCGAUCUGUUGUCAAGGUUGCAUGUGGAAAUGAGCAUAUCGUAGCUCUGGUUAGUGCUGGCGAAUCAUACAAUGGUGAAGAUCUAGUAUGCUACUCUUGGGGUUAUAACACCCGUGGCCAAUUGGGCUUGGGGGACAGAGAGAACAGGCUGCAUCCGGAAGUUGUUAAAACAUUUGAUGAGGAAUCACCCUAUGAGGUGGCAUGUGGUGCCUAUCACACUGCUUUGCUAACUCGUAUAAAGAAAAGUAGUAGUGACACAUUAGACAGCAGAUGCUGGACCUUUGGCCUUGGAGAUAAUGGCCAGCUUGGGCAUGGAACAACACAAAGCACAUUAUUUCCUACACCUGUUAAAGAAUUGCCACAAAAUGUAUCCCUUAUUUGUGUUGACUGUGGUUUGUUUCAUACAAGCGUAGUUUCCUCAGAUGGGGAUGUGUGGUCAUGGGGAAUGGAGAAGGGUCUUGGCUUAUGCCCUGAUGCUAGUCGAGCUGGAACAGAUUCUGGUGAUGCACUGUCUCCCCGUCUUAUGUCAUGGAAGCCAAAUCAACCUAAAUUUCCAGAUCCAGUUAAACUUGCAUGUGGGGCCGCACAUACUGUUAUAAUUGCGCAAGGGGGAUAUAGAAUGUGGUCUUGGGGUAGGGGAAGAAGUGGAGUUCUUGGAGAUGGUAAAGGAGUAGAUUGUUACACUCCCACGCUCGUACUAUGGCCUCAAAUGAUGGAUGACUCUGAGGAAGAGGAAGUAAAAAGCGAUGGUGAGCAAGGUAAGGCUAGAGAAAAGGAGACUGAAGCAACAAAUGAAGCAGAAGAGAAACUAUCCUCAGCAUUGAAUGAGCUGAAGCUGCUUAAAACAAAGCUAUCUGUGAUUAAAAAUUAUGCCAGUAUACUGCAUGGUUCGGUUUUUGGAAAGCCCUUUGAUGAGCAAGAUAUCCCUGAUUCAUUGCAGAAUUCAGGUUCAUUUGACAUGGGAAAAGAAUGGGAGAAGAUGUUAGAGACCGCAGAUCAUAGGAAGCUAAUUAGGUUGGAAAUGUUUUACCGAGACAUGCUUGCUGGAGUAAAAGAUGAACUAAUGAAGAGAAGGAUAAAGGAAAUUGUAAAGGAGUGUCUCCAAUCUUCAGAGGUGUAAAAUCAGUAUCUAAAUGUAAAACAUGAUACCAUUCGGAACAAAAGUAUUUCACCUAAAAAGUAAUAAACUAUUUGAUCAUUCCAUUUUGCA